AGUAGAAAGUGAGACGUUUUAAUUUGUUGUCUCUGCGCGCUGUGUAAUUUUGUUUAAUUCGGCCCCGAAUCGCGUAAAUCGGCGUGUCUCUCUAAUUUGGGCCAGUGCCCUACGUGUCUGGCCGUCGAUUGUGGAGGAUGCGAGGUGUCCCCCAACUUCCGGCUGCCCGCAAUUAGGUUCCCCGAGAGCCGCCCUCGAAAGUCGCGAAUCGAAAUCUCCACUUUAGCCAGGAAGGCAGAGCAGCAGCAACAGGCCAACGAAAAUUCACAGGCCCCAAUUAGCCAACAGUGCAAUUUCCUUGACAGAUUUGUGUUUCUGGUCAAGAUGCGCGCCACCAUUGAGUUCGAGGAGUGCCUGAAGGAUUCACCCAGAUUCAGACAAUUUGUGUCCAAGGAGGAGAGCGACAUCGAGCACUUGGAGCAACGGCUGGAGAAAAUCAUCAAGCUGUGCAAUGUGGCCGUGGACUCGGGCAAGGAGUAUGUCAAGAACCAGAGCGCCUUUGCCAUGUCCUUGUGGGAUCUGCAGCAGCACUUUCUCGACAACAAGAACGCCCACAAUGCGCUGGGCAAGCUGAUUCACUGCUUUCAGGAGAUGAACAAGUUCCACACCAUCCUGUUGGAUCAGGCUAGUCGCACGGUGCUGAAAAAUCUUAGUGUGUUCGUCAAGGACGACAUCAACCAGGUGAAGGACUACAAGGGGCAUUUUCUCAAGGUUUCCGAGGGCUACGACAAUGCGCUGAUUAAGAACGCACAGGCCAGCAAAAACCGACCCCAGGAGAUGCAGGAGGCUGCCAACAUCCUUUCCGCCUCCAAAUCGUGCUUCCAACAUACCGCUCUGGAUUAUGUCAACUAUAUAACACUGGCGCAGGCUCGCAAGGUCCCCUCCAUAUUGUCCACGCUGUUGGAUUACUAUCAGGCGUGCGUGACCUAUUACCACCAGGGCUUCGACCUGUGCAACGACUUUGACGAGUUCUUCAAGAACAUCAGCGAGGACUUGAAUACUCUGCGCGGCGACUACCAGCAGCUGGAGAAGGCAAUGCAGAACCGCCAUAUGAGCGUGAAUCGCUACUGCGACUCGAACACCAACAGCACCUCAAACAAAAUCGAGGGCUAUCUGUUCAAGAAGAAGUCCAAGGGCUUCAAGACCUGGUGCCGGCGAUGGUUCUACCUCAGCGACAACCAGCUCGUCUACAGUGAUUUGGAUUCGCAUUGCAGAAAACGCAGCAACGAGGACUCGUUCUCGGUCAUGGAGGAGGAUCUGCGCAUCUGCAGCGUGCGUCCGGUGAACGAGGGCGACCGCCGUUUCUGCUUCGAGGUCAUCUCGCCGACCAAGUCCCACAUCCUGCAGGCAGACUCCGCCGACAUGCUGUCCCUGUGGAUUUCCGCGCUGCAGCACAGCAUUGGAGCAGCCAUCCAGCAUGAUUCCACGCACCACUCGCGCCCACAAUCGACGAACACUCCCAACAACGCUCUGCCCGCAAAGCGUAGAAUCCACUGGGAGGAGUUCCUGAAGAUACCGGGCAACGCUUACUGCUGCGACUGCAGGAGUCCCGAACCACGCUGGGCCUCCAUUAACCUGGGCAUCACGUUGUGCAUCGAGUGCUCCGGCGUGCACCGGAGUCUGGGCGUCCACUACAGCAAGGUGCGUUCCCUGACGCUCGACGCCUGGGAGACAGAGAACGUGAAGGUGAUGAUGGAGCUGGGCAACGAGGUGGUUAACCGCAUCUAUGAGGCACGCAUCGGUGAUGACUGUGGGCUCAAAAAACCCACAGAGCAGUGCGAGAUUGGAGUGCGCGAGGCUUGGAUCAAGGCCAAAUAUGUGGAGCGGCGUUUUGUGUGUGGAAUGCCCAAACCGCAGGAGCUGCUGGCCAGCGAGACGGCCGAAGUGCUCAGCAUAGACAGCGGCGGCGUGGUGGAGGAUGGUGAAAGUGGCGGCAGUGGAAUCGCCAAGCGGGCCACUCUCUCGCUGGGCGGCACUAGAAAGUGGGCGGUGAAGAAGCUGAGACGAAGGCAAAAGCAGCGACCACUGCCCAAAACCUUGAGCGACGAUCCGAGCAUCUACAACACAGCCAAGACUGGCGACGAGUUGGACGAUGACGAUGAUGAUGAGUCCAUCAACAUUCCCUCGAUGUCACUGAGCAUCUCGCGCGACGAUUUGCUGGUGAUUGGCGACGACCUGGCCCUGGACAGAUUGGAAACGCCCGGCAUUCUGGGCAGCGAUCAAGAGAGCACCGAUGGCGAGUCGGAUGCCGAGACGCCAGAGGAACUGCCCUUUUCGCAGCUGGACGCUAACCAGCUGCUGUACAUGGCCUCAGUGGUGCACAAUCUGCCGGUGAUGUGCAUGGCCUUCGCUUUGGGUGCCGACAAGGUCUGGAAGAAUCCCCAGGACCGACAGAGGUCAUUCCUGCACCAGGCCGUGAUAUCCGGCUCUGUGAUGGCCUGCGAGUUCUUGCUGCUAAACGGUGCCGCCAUCGAUGCGGUGGAUGAGAUGGGUUACAGCGCACUGCACAUAUCCACGGCCAAGGGUCACAUCGCCCAGGUGUAUCUGCUGCUGAAGCAUAAGGCUGCCUACGACCUGGCCUCCAGUGACGGAAAGAAGGCCCUAGACAUAGCGGUGGACCAGGAAAAUGCCGACAUUGUAACGCUACUCCGAUUGACACAACUGAAUGACGAGAUUGGACCCAACGACGAGUACAACGGGGAAGAUGAGACGUACAAGAAUGUGAUGAAGGACUUCUCCAAGUUACCCGCUAGCCAGACGAGGGUUCUGCGCCAGCGCCACGACUCAAACACCCUGGAAUCGCAGCGCAGCUCUUUGACCAACUCCGACUAGCAGUGGGCGAUGGGUCGCAGGAGUUAGGAACUUACUCGUUAUCAAGGAAUUUGUUCCGAUUAGUUGGCUAGGGUGAUAUUGGAUUGUUAUUGGCUUUAUAACGCAUUAACCAAGUAUGUUACACGGUUUCGAUUUCCAAGGAAAUCGGUACGGGCUUGUUUUUCUAGGUAAUCUCAUUUAAAAAGCGCUUCCGAUUAUACAAGAAAAUACUAUUAAUUGCAUUUUGCACUCGAAUGGCGUGCAUUGACCAUUCGUUUUCUCUAAAGCGCAUUUUGAGUCCCGUUUUUUGGCAUUUAGAUUAAGUUUAAAGUAUUCGUAGAAGAGUUGAGUUUAUUAAAAAUACGUGUAUUUGCCUAUCAAAUUGUACAUCGUCUUAUGUGGUAUUUAUUAAACGAUAUUGUAAAAUGUA